AUGGGUGUGGAGAACUUGACCCUCCGCGCCAACAUCACGGACGUCCAGCUGGUCACGCACAGCCUGUGGGAGGUGAUCGCCAUCGCCACCGUCUCCGCCAUCGUCAGCUUCAUCACCAUCAUCGGAAACAUCCUGGUCAUGCUGUCCUUCAAGGUCAACAGCCAGCUGAAGACGGUCAACAAUUAUUAUCUGCUGAGUCUGGCCUUCGCUGACCUGAUCAUCGGCGUUUUCUCCAUGAAUCUGUACACCUCCUACAUCCUCAUGGGCUACUGGGCGCUCGGGAGUCUGGCCUGCGAUCUGUGGUUGGCUUUGGAUUACGUGGCGAGCAAUGCAUCAGUUAUGAACCUUUUAGUUAUUAGCUUUGACCGAUACUUCUCGAUUACGAGACCUCUGACAUACCGAGCCAAACGGACGCCGAAGAGAGCGGGGAUUAUGAUUGGUUUGGCUUGGCUUGUUUCUUUUAUCUUGUGGGCUCCUCCGAUUUUGUGCUGGCAGUAUUUUGUUGGUAAAAGAACCGUUCCUGAAAGACAGUGCCAGAUUCAGUUUUUCUCCGAGCCUGUGAUCACCUUCGGGACGGCGAUAGCCGCGUUUUAUUUUCCUGUAUCCGUCAUGACUAUUCUUUACUGUCGGAUAUACAAGGAGACCGAAAGACGCACUAAAGAUCUUGCCGAACUUCAAGGCAUCAACUCGUCAACAAAUUCCAGCGGAGACGCUCAGCCUCAAAAGAUACGGUCUUGUUUCGGCUGCAAACAUGUUAGCAAUACAUCAAGAACCCAAGCUUUAAGUCACACCAAUGCUGCUAAAACUCUGGAUGAUCAGUUGACCAACUUUAACAGCUACGCCUCCUCCGAGGAGGAAGAUCGCUCUGGGAACUUCCAGGAGUCUUGCAGACAUCAGGAGAACAAGAGCGAAAGCUACGAGGAAGAGAACUUCUUCCCAACUCCAGUCAAAGCAAGUCCUACGAAGACCAAGAAGUGUGUUUCGUAUAAAUUCAAACCGAAAGAUGUCAGUCCGCUAAAGAACACUAACGGGGACGCAAAACCUGGAGCCUCGUCUUUCUCGUCGGCCGAAUCUGUGAACGCCCCUUCCUCAUCGUCAUCUUCGAAACCAAUCGACGGUACGCUGAAAUGCCAGAUCACGAAGCGUAAACGGAUGGUGCUGAUCAAGGAGAAGAAGGCGGCGCAGACUCUGAGCGCCAUCCUGCUGGCCUUCAUCCUCACCUGGACGCCGUACAACAUCAUGGUGCUGAUCUCCACCUUCUGCUCCGACUGCAUCCCGCUCUCGCUCUGGCAUCUGGGUUACUGGCUGUGCUAUGUCAACAGCACCGUCAACCCCAUGUGCUACGCGCUCUGCAACAAAACCUUCCAGAAGACCUUCCGCAUGCUGCUGCUGUGCCAGUGGAGGAAGCAGCGGGCGGAGGAGAAGCUGUAUUGGUGUGGGCAGAACCCGGCCGUGGGCAGCAAACUCACAUGA